ACUUAUAAAUAUCAACGGCGAGAAUGCUUCACAGAUGUGAGAUUGAAAGCCUCACUUGGCAACAACACCACACUUCUUCUGAGGGAGAGAUUGAGAGAGAAAGAGAAGGAUUUACUAGCUGCAUACAUCUAACUGCAAUAGAAAUGGCUCUUCACCAGUCUUGGGCCUUUGUUUUUGGCAUUUUAGGCAACGUCGUUUCAUUUUUGGUUUCCAUUGCUCCCCUGCCAACUUUUUACCAAAUAUACAAGAAGAAAACAUCCGAAGGGUUUCAAUCAAUUCCCUACGUCGUUUCGCUCUUCAGUGCCAUGCUUUGGAUUUACUAUGCGCUCCUUAAAAAAGAUGCUAUGCUUCUCAUUACCAUCAACACUUUCUGCUGUUUCAUUCAGAGUUUUUACAUUAUUACUUACUUGUACUAUGGUCCAAAGAAGGAAAAGGUCAUGACUGUGAAGUUUAUUCUUCUGUUCAAUGUUUUUGGGUUCGGAGUAAUCUUUCUCUCAACUUUCUUUCUACAUAACCCCUCCAUCCGUCUUCAUAUUCUUGGAUACAUUUGCAUGGCAUUCGGUUUGGGUGUGUUCGCUGCACCUCUUGCCAUUGUGAGAAAAGUCAUAAAAACUAAGAGCGUGGAGUACAUGCCAUUUACUUUAUCAGUGUUCCUCACCUUAGCAGCAGUGAUGUGGUUCUUCUAUGGCUUUAUGUUAAAUGAUAAGAAUAUUGCUGUUCCAAAUGUAGUUGGAUUUAUUUUUGGAAUUCUUCAAAUGAUACUUUAUGCAAUCUACAAGAACCACCCCAAAGUGGAAGAUCCAAAGGUUCAACAACCAGAGCAUAUAAUUGAUGUUGUCAAACUAGGCACGGUGGUUUGCUCAGAAGUGAAUGCUGUGGCUCCUCUCCCAAACCACACAAAUAACAACAAUAACAAUGGAGGAUUUGCUGAAACAGAAACUAUUAAAGAAAACACUACGGAUGCUUCCAACAAAGUUUAAACGCUACAUACAUGAAAAAGCUCAAAUUAAUUUAAGUGGCUGAUCGAGGUGCCACGAAAUGAGAUCCACUUUAGUAUGUCUAAGCUUGUAAUUUAAUUUGCAUAACAAAUUUGGCUAAAGUCACGCAAAAUAAAUUUUUAGCUCUCUUUUAUUUUUGCUCUUUGAUUUUAUAUUAAAUUAAUGUCUAAUGUCUCUAUCUCAUCAAAGUCUAAUGUCGUUCAAUUCUCUGUCCCCCAGGCAACGUCAUGAAAUCUUUUCCUCUCCGUCUCUCUCAAAUCU